GCGAAACGCUAUCCAAAGGAACGUGAUUGCUGAAUAAAGCUCUGCUCUCGAAUUCUCGCAUCAGCUGCAAUUGCAAAUUGCAAUCAGAUUGAAAGAAAGAUCGAGGCCGAGAGGAAGAUGGAUAGCAGCAGCCACAGCGACGCUGGCACACGAUCCAGGAGCAAAACCAUGAGAAACACGGGAGAUUAUCUCGGUUCAGCUCAGUCUCUUGGUGCGGAUAUCCUCUGCGCCAUCUUCACUCUUCUCGACCAUUUCGAUCUUGUCCGCUGCUCCGCUGUUUGCAAAUCAUGGCAGAAGAUUAUCUACACAUCCACAUUGGUAGAAGAUUUAUAUUAUAAAAAGAAUCCUUUUGCUAAGUAUGAUAAAAGUUUCCCACAAGCAUCCAUAGCUACGCUGAAGGAUUUGGCUCUGGAACAACAUAGGGUGUCCUUUUUAAGCGGUUCAACGGAAAUUCAUCAAUGGAAUGGUCAUUCUUCCAGGGUUAAUAUUUGUCGUAUGAAGAGGGGUGUGAUUCUCACAGGAGGAGAGGAUAAGUUAUUGCGGCUGUGGUCAUCGGAAAACUACAAAUGUUUGAAUCAGUAUUCGUUUUCUGGCUUGGACCCAUUGGUUGAUUAUGAUUUUGAUGAGAACAAGAUUGUUGGUAUAACUGGAUCUCAACUAUGCAUUUGGAGGCGGAAUGGGCGCAGAAGCAUCUUCCGAUCACGUGAAAGUACCUUAACACGUGGCUUAUGCAUGGGGUAUAUUGAUCCAGAGGCAGCGAUGGGGUGUGAGGAUGGCAGGGCUCGUAUAUUUGAUUUGUAUAGUGGGAGUUGCACUCGAAUUAUUAGGAUGCAUUCUGCACCACUGACAUGCAUAGCCUUAACCGAGGAUCAGCUAAUUCUUGGUGGUUCUACAUAUGGACAUGUAGCCAUUGCAGAUAUCUCAUCUGGUGAACAAUUGGGUUUUCUGAAAUCUUCUAUCUCACCUACAGGGAUGAAGACCUUGUUUGUUAACACAAGUUCAUAUCGAGUGUAUGCGGGUUCUACUUCCGGUUAUGCUCAUUGCUGGGAUCUACGGACUUUGAGACCACUAUGGGAGACCCGAGCUAGUCCAAAUGUGAUCUAUGCUGUGCAUCAUCUUGCCAAUUAUUCAUCAUCGUUGGCUGUUGGUGGUCUCGAUGGUGUGCUUCGCAUUCUAAAUCAAGACACUGGUGAAGUUCUUUCAAGCUUUGUGGCUGAUGCAGCCCCAACAAGUACCGGCCAUGAUAUGGUUGAAGUAAUAAAGGGCAGAAGUCUCGGUGAUGACUCCAACUUAGAUAGCAUUCUUAGGUAUAGGCGCCCUCCCAUUACUCGUCUUGCCGUUGGAAUGAACAAGAUAGUUACUACACAUGGACAGAAGUAUAUCAGGAUGUGGAGGUUUUCAGCAUAAGUAGAAACUUUUAGGUAUGUGCUUCAGUGAACACACUAUUGUUAAUCUUCAUAUGAACUUUUUCAUAUCCAGGCAUUUGUUUCAGUCUAAUACCAUCCGUUAUGGGUACAGCCUGGAGUUCACUAUUUGUUAUUUGUCAGAUGAAAAAGGAGAAAGAAAGCCGGGUAAACAUUUUGAGUAAGACAACAUAAAUGAUGAAUUUAGAUUAAACUAAA